CAACUCCCAACCGACACAUCACGUACACCAACAUCCUUCUCCCGAUCAACCUCAACGCCUUUCACGUAUCACCGCUUAGCUACAACCAACUUACCAUGGCUACCACCACUCACCCCCAGCCCCGAGACCACGACCAACAGCAACAAACUCCUCCCCUCCCCGCGCACCUCAACCCAUCCACCUACCCCCGCACGACGACCAACCCAACCCUCAACACACACAUCACCCUGACCUACACGCCGCUGGACCCCAACGCCGCCCUCUCCCAGAUCUCCUCCCCGCACGCCGGCGCAAACGUGCUCUUCCUCGGCACAACGCGCGACUCGUUCGAAGACCGCCCCGUCGCCCAACUAAGCUACACGGCGUACCCGCCGCUCGCGCUGAAGACCUUAUCGGGGAUCGCGGAGCAUGCGGUCAAGAAGCACGGGCUGCUGGGGGUGGUUAUUGGGCAUCGGCUGGGGGAUGUGCCGAUUGGGGAGAGCAGUAUCGUGAUUGCGGUGAGCGCGGGACAUCGCGGGGCGGCGUGGAGGGCGGGUGAGGAGGUGUUGGAGCUGUGUAAGGAGAAAGCGGAAAUUUGGAAGAGGGAGGUGUUUCUUGAUGGGGAGGGGGAGUGGAGGGCAAAUCGGGAUAGGGAUGCUGAGGGGGAGUUGGUGCGUGGUUGAAGGGGUGGAUGUAUAUGUGCUGGAGUAGGGUAUUGUCUAUGAUACACGUCCUCGCACCCUGUUUAGUCCUUCCGGAGGGGCUUGCCCUCCCGCUUCCAGUCGUUGAUAUGUUCCAUGAUCGUCCGAGUCGCCGACUCGGGUGUGUCCUGACGGCCGAUACACUCGACGAAGUCGUUGUCGGGGUCUUAAGUAGGUGAAAAGUCAGCGCUCGCACACCGCGACAGAUUCGCCAGUUAGGCGGGA